AUGUUGAAAUCCGGCCGCGGUGGUACUUGCUGCGCAGCACUGGCAGAGAGGUCCGCCUUUCGAGUCCAGGUCAGGCCACCACGCGCGGCUGCAGCCGGGAGGAACCGCAGGGGCCUCCGCUCCAGGCCUUGGCAGAGGCUUUUCUGCUCGAUUUCCAACGAGCAGCCUGUUCCGAGACAAGUGUCGUGGCCGAUUGCUGCACCUCCGACCCCGCACCCAGCGCAGCAACCCGCCGCGCAGGCGCCGCCUCGGGAAGGGCUCAACGGAAGCGUGAAGCUCGAGCCCUCGCAACAGCUGGCGCUGGAAGAGGGUACGCCCCUGCGCCACUCCAACCCGGAUAUCCAGGUCCUGCUCGACCGCUACACGAGGCUCUGCGAGGGCGAGGUGGAUCCGUCCGUGCUGCCCGUUUUUGGCCCAUCCGAUCGACGGAGUCCGUCGAGGGCCGUGUUCUCUAACACCAAUGUUGACCUCAGUCGGGUCGAGGUCGUCGGCUUUGACUACGAUUACACGCUGGCGACAUACAAGCCAAGCUUGCAGGUUCUGAUUUACGACCUGGCGAAGGAGCACCUGGUGGAGGAGCUCAAGUACCCCCCGAGUCUCAUGGAGAUGGAGUACGACCCGGACUUUGCUAUCAUGGGACUGACGGUCGACAUGGACAAGGGCCUUCUCUUCAAGCUGUCUUACAUCAACCGUAUAUCCAUGCCGGUGUAUCGGGGGAGAACCGCUCUCAGUCGCGAGGAAAUAGAGGCGGAGUACGGGUCCUACCCGAAGAUGGUGUCCCCGGGCUACCGCAGGAAGCAGCUCAAGCCUCUGAACGACCGCUUCUGCCUGGCGGAGGGGUGCCUUCUCGCGGACGUGAUGGAGCACCUGCAAGCCGCGGCCGGAAAGAAGGCCUUCCACCCCAGGGCUGUUGUCGAGGAUGUCCUGGCGGCCGUGACCCACGUCCACGUUUCGGGGAAGAUGCACGAGGCGGUGCUGGGAGACAUCGGCAGAUUCAUUCAACCGAGCUACCGGCUGGAGCACAUGCUACGAACGCUAAAAGAUGCCGGGAAGAAGCUCUUCAUUUCGUCCAACAGCCCUUGGCGGUUCGUCAAUGCCGGCAUGGAGCACAUGCUGGGGCCCACGUGGAACGAUCUCUUCGACUUCAUCGGCGUGGGGGCUUCCAAGCCGUUGUUCUACACGGGCUCACGUCCGUUCCGACUCGUUUCGAAGCGGGAUGGGCGGAUCAAGUGGUCGGAGGUUACUCACCUGAAGAAGGGGGGCGUGUUCACCCACGGCUCCAUUGCAGAGCUCAGGCGAUUGAAGGGGUGGGAGGGUCCUUCCGUGCUUUACUUCGGGGACUCUCUUUGGGCCGAUCUCGUGGAGGCCCGCAAGCUCCACGGCUGGACCACGGGUGCCAUAAUCUACGACGUAGAACUGGAGCUGGAGAAGAUGUCCUCGCCGAUGUACCACCAACUCUCCAAGAGGGCUCUGGCGCUCGAAAUACUGCUGCCGCUGGUGCAGGACGUGGCGGAGAUGCACGGGGGCCAGGUGAACAGCCUUGAGAGGAAUACGGCGGUGCCGGAGAUGGGAGAAGAGGACCACGCCCUCCUGGACCAACUCGAGAGGCGGAGGGCGCUCGUGAAGCGGAGCAUCAGCGACAUGACCUCCCCUAGCUUCGGCUCCAUAUUCAGGACGAGCGAGGAGCCGACGUUGUUCGCGUUCAGCCUGUGGAGACACGUGGACCUGUACACGGCCUCCGUGUGCAACAUCAUCAACUUUGGUGUCACGCACCGCUUCUACCCCACCAAGACGCUUUCCGUGGCACACGAGCCGAGGGUGGACCACGGGGAAAUAUACCGAGCCAUCAAUCUCGACUCUGACGACCGAGCCAACAGGGAGCACGACGAUCACGACGGCAGGAGAACCGCUACAUAGAUGAACAGCAGCUCCAUCCGUCAGAAGGUCGAUGAUAAGUGUCUCCGAGCAGCCUGACAGAUUACGGCGGAAGCUUGAUGGAGCAGGAGCUCAAUCGGAUCUGAGGUCUGAUUCAAGGACUGCUGUUGUUGUUGGUUGGCUUAAUUUUU